AUGAAAAAAAAGUGUAAGAACAUAUGGAAGAGUAAAAUAACAGUCGAAAAAGAAUUUAGAUAAUUGUAAUUAGUAGUAGGCAAAAUAAUUGGUUAUUUUAUAUUUGGAGAGUGUAUUGUAAUAUUAUUUGAAAGCAUAUAUUUGGCUAUACUAAAAUUUUAUGAAGUAUAAUUUAUUAUAAAUUAGUAUAUUGGAUUAGGAAGUAUAGUUUUUUUAUUGAUUGCAUAGUUAUUAAGAUAUUUGAAGCAUUUUCGAAGUACUAAAAUUGAAAUAUAAGGACUAUUGAUUAUUGAAUAGGAUUGUACUAGUUGCAAACAAUUCAUAAUUUGUUAGUUUUGCCAUCAUUGUUAGACAAGUGCUAAUCAUUACAAUGUUCUGUAAAUGUGUUUAGAUUCAGAAUAAAUUAAGUAAGUGGAAAAAAUAUUAUUGGAAGGUUAGUGAAAAGAGGAAUUUUACUAUUACUGUUAAAGAUUAUAAGUUCGAUUAUAGUGGAAUCUUAUACAAUUUAGAGAAUUGAAAAAACAAUGAAAUUCUAUUCAAUUUAUUAAGGUAUAAUUAUAGCAGUUUUAUUUGUGAAUUCGAUUCUCUUUUUAUUUUGGAUAUAUUUUGGAUGGAGAGUUUUAGUAGAAAUAAGAGAGAAAUGUAUAGUUAAAACUUCUCCAGAAGAAUUGAAAGUUAUGGAAUAAUUUUCUGCAAUCCAAUAAUUAGAAAAAUCAAGAUUAAAUAAGGAAUAAGAAAAUCCAAAACCAGAUUAGGCAGAAUUAGAAGAUAAGGGUUCGGUUAAUCUCUCUAUAAAUGAUAAUAUAAGUCCAGCAUUGUUAAAAUUAGUAUUUGAAUAAGUAAAUCAAGAAAUCCAGUCUAAGUCCCAGUCCAAUGAAAUAUAGGUCUGGGAAAAUACUUGACUUUUUAGAAAAGAAAAUUAGUCAUGCAAAACAUAGUUAAAAAGAAUUAAAUAAUGGAUUGAGUCGAGAAUUGAAUAGAAAAUGCAAUACUGAUUAAAGUAAUCUAGAUUUAAAUAUAAAAAGUGUAAUAAUAAAUAAGUCUUGACUUCGGAGAUCAAGAAGAUUAUUUUUCAGCUAGAAAUCCUAUAGAUGUAGAAUUAAAAAAUCAUAACUUUUCAAAACAGAUUAAGUUCUUAUCUUGA